AUAACGUAGCACAUUUUGAAGCUAGAGAUUCGCUGGAUUUCACAGAUUCAGCGAUCGACCUCGGGCGGUCGCAACGCGUCAGCACUUGCCGGAUAGAUAAUAGACUCUAAGCGCUUCGGCUUUGUCUGGGCACGCACAUCCCACACCCACUCCACAAUCACCCACCACCACCGCCGCACCACUCGCCACCACCAGCAGCGCGGGGGCCAGAACAGAACUUCCUCCCAGCUGACCAGCCCGAAAUGGAAUUGUUUAUUUUAUGCUUUCGCCGUUCGCUGUUAUGCGCUUGCCUUCUGCCGUCUGUUUUAUGUUAUUCACCCCACUCACACGCGCGCAGAGGGUGGUUGGGGGGAUUGGGGGAGGGCGAGGGCGAAGCGGUAGACCGCCCGGUACGCGGUUCGGUCAAGAACUCAAUUCGUGGCUGAUGUCGAAGCGAAGAAAGAGAGACGCGCGAAGAAAGAACUCUGCCUCGAUGGCGUUUUCGCUAAUCCCCCAAGCGGCUAUUUGGCAACUUUGUGCCACACUCUGGAUCUCUGGAUCUAGACUUCCGCUGCGCAGGCGUCGUCGUGUUUCCCUACUCCGUCAACUCUCGUCGACACCGACCGACUGAAUGAAUGGGGCCCCAUUAAAGCCAGCUGCACUCCAGACGGAGCCAGGCCCCAUUUGCAGCACUGGAAGAAACGGUUCGGCGGAACUUCACAUCGUUGUCUUAUUGGGAAAGAUCCAAUAAUGCAAGCACUAUCUAAUAAAAAUAUUUUUUUAUUAUUUAAGGUGAUUCUAUAUUUAAUUAACCAAUUUAAUAUAAAUGUAAUAUUUUCUAAUAUAAAUUCACAAUCCCAAUUUAUUUUUGCCGUGGGAUAUCAUCAUAGUCUUUCAAAAUAUGUAAGUAUGUAAGUUUUAUAAAGUGGCACUCAAAACCCGAAAGUUGUUUUUACUGUUCCCUACUAUCAGAAUAUUUUAUAAAAAAGGAUUAGGAUGACUCAUAUACAUAUUCAAAUUCUUAGCUCUCUUGAUUCAUACUGGGUUCUAUCAACUGCAGUCCAAUCUUUUUAAUUUCCAACACAUGAAGCUUCAUAUUUUAAUCUACCAGACGUUAAGAAAGUUUGAAAAUUUAUGUAAAAUGUAUCUUUGUUAAAACUUUUCCAGUGUGGACAUGCAGAUGUGGGCGCCGUCGCGGCAAAAUUGAGAGCGUGGAAAUCCAGACAUUCCAGAAUCAGUCCCCAAAGUGCUCUCCCUGGCUCUCUGCACACACGUUCGAGUUGGAUUCGAUCAGACAACUCCCCACCAAAACGCCACUCUCGCCUCCACCCCGCGAUCGAGUGAGUAAUGCUCCGUGGGACCCACUCGAACGAUGCAAAUGCUCUGAUCAUGUGUAAUUCCGAUCGAGACGAUCUCCGGUCGAGCGGUUAUCAGUUGGCCGUCCGCUGGAGGCCAUUGCGUCAUCCGCACUUUGUUUGUACACAGCGAUCGUGACCGAGGCAGUAAUGGGAUCCGCACACAAAUUGCUCCGCCUGCGGAGGGCACUUUCACUCUCACUCUCGUUGCCGGAACAGAAUCCGUUGGACAGAUCACUUUGCGGCGACCAAGAUGCCACUCCGGAUGAUCUUCCUCCAGCUGCUGCUGUGGGCAGUGGCAAAGGGCCACUACUACUACGAUUACGGCUAUUGGGAGAUCAACGAUCCUCCGCCGCUCUGUUCCGACUACGAAAUGCUAGUGGUCAACACCCACCAGUGCGUAAGGCGCUGCAACAUCGUUUGUCGGGAUCGCGUCUGUUUCGAGGACGGACCCUGUCCGUGUGCCGAUCAGUAUCUGUCGGGAAACCCGGACGGAGUGGUUUGUGCCGCAGAGUGCCUGCCCGGAUGCACGGAAGCGGGUGGCUACUGUGCUGCUCCAGAUCUUUGUGUGUGCCGCAAGGACAGAACCCACUACUUCGAUCCCCUGUCCCGAAAGUGCCGCCACAGGGCUGCCCGACUGCUGGACCUCUGUCUCGGACGUUGCACUCAUGGCACCUGCUCCUCCGACGGUCAGUGCAUCUGUGCCCAGGGCUACGAGUUAAGGGCGAGCUUGCUCCACGGACAGCAAUGCAUGCCAAUCUGUGAUCACAAUUGCGGACCCCAAGCCUACUGCUUCGCUCCCAACUUGUGCGCCUGCCGGCACAAGCACGACCAUUAUUCCCACAAUGGCAUCUGUUCCAGGGACUAUUGACCUUAGGAAGUCAGCUGCAAGCUGUUUCAAGUCUCGUUGACGUUAUCCGGUAGAACCCCCUAGCAUUGUAAAUGAUGUUAUAGGUUUAAUUCAUAUUUAUUUUAAAAAUAGACUAGACUAGAUUAGACUUAAAUAGAGACUGACAAAAAAAGCAUUACUAUUAAUGUUUUAUUCAAAUUUAAAACAACUAAUUUAACGCAAACAAACUUCAAAAAGUUUUGAUAUCAGCUUAGAAAUAAGUACAUAUCUUAAACUUCAGACUAUUAUAACAUGCCUAGACCACAAUAAAAAUCGGUAUACCAAAUUUCUUCCAUUAACUUUACCGGUUGAAAUGUCAAAGUAUUUUUUAAGUUCCAAAUUAACGCUUAAAAUUGAGAAAAAACUACGAAUAUAUGACAGUAAACAUUUUUAUAAUCGGAAAUAAAUUUAUAUAUUUUAAACUGCCCGGAACCCAUUAGCUUGAUUAUAUUUUAAUCUUGAGUCUUCUUUUUUAAAUAAAUAAAUUUAUAAUAAUAUGGUAAAUAUGAU